AUGGCUGCUGCAUAUGCAAUACGUAAAGGAAUCAAUCGUGUACUUGAUGGAAUAAUGCAGUAUCGUCAUACAUUAAGACCAUCACUUUUAGAAGAAUUUAAGAAGGUUGCACUCGGACCUUCUUCUGAAGGUCUUCUGUUAACAUGUGUUGAUAGUCGUGUUGUAGCAUCUCGUUUAACUCAAGCUGCAUCAGGUCAAUUAUUUAUUGUUCGAAAUUCUGGUAUUAGACUUUUUUUUACUCUUAUUUUAUUGAUCGAGAAUGAGUAUUGGUUCUUUUUCUUCGUUGAAGGUAAUUUAGUUCCUCUGUAUGAUUAUUUUAAAAAUAAUUCAAUAGUUGGAGGUGAAUCUGCAGUAUUAGAAUUAACUUGCUCAAGAAAUAACGUGCCAUUAAUUGCCAUCUUUGAUCAUUUAGAUUGUAAAACAAUGAAUUUAUUAUAUAGAAUUCGUAAUGAGAUUUCCAUACCAUCAAAAAGUCCACUUGAACAAUGGCUUAAAACUCAUGCAGUAAGAACAGUUGAACAAUUUAAAAAACUUGAAUCUUCAGGAGAUUACAAACGUAAACUUAUAUUUACUAGCGCACAGCAUUAUGAAGAUGAUUUUGAAGCAUUUAUUGAUUCGAAUAAUGAAUUUAAACAUUUCGAUAAAUUAUCUCAAGUUAAUACUUUAGAACAAUUAAGACAUUUUUUAUCAUAUCCAUUUUUAAGAGAACGUCUUAAAGGAGCCCCUCUCAGAAACCAACUUUGUUAUUUUCUCAUCCGAUUUCAACGAAAAUUUGAGAGAAUGUUAGUCUUGGCUAGAAUAGAUUAUGGUUAA